UAAUGGUAAAAAUUUGCAAUAAGUUUUGUUUUCUUUUUAUUCUGUACUGAAAAUACAGCAGGUGUCUGUUCAUAUAUACAACAACACCGAGGAACCAAACCAAUUUUUCCGGCCAAUAGCAUCGCUUUUCCGGUGAAAUCGGCAAAUCGUGAAGCUUUCCGGCCAGAUCUGUUAAAUGUUGAAUAACUGAAGGUAGAAUUUGGAGUUUCGAAGAAAUUUUGGUACUUUUUUAAUGUGACUUUGCGUGAAAUUUUGAGAUUGCAUUUUGUAUUUAACGUAUGAAGAUGGAGGAUAGUGUGAGAUCAGGGGGUGGUGUACUGAAGAAAAAAAGCUCUUCUGGUUGUUUAAUUAUUAAAAGGAAAGAUGAUAGAUUGGGCAUAGGAGGGAUCAGUUCUUCAGGGGCUUCACAGAAGGUGAAGAACAGGCCUAAGUUUGUAAUGAAUGAGUAUGAGUCGAGUGAUAGGAUAUCAGAGUCAAUUCAGCGAAAAACUGGUCAAGUUUUUAGUAAUGGUUCUGUUUUUUAUGGAAGAACUGGUGUUAGAGAUGGUGAAUUUGGUAGAAAUAUGAAUUUGUCCGAUUUUAAUAAGCAUGAAGAAUGUGAUAUGAAAAUGCAAUCAAAUGGGUAUGGUGAUGAAAGAUUUGACAUGGUUGAAAGAAGAGGGGGCUCAAGUGAGUUUGGGAGUGGGUCUAGGAGUGUAAUGGUUGAGAAGAGGAAGCUUUCGUAUAUGGAUAGUUCAAGUAGUUUUUUGGGUAGUAGGAUAAAGGGUGAUGGCAGUGGAUUUAAGAGAAGGUAUGGUUUAUUAGAGGAUGAAGUGCAUAUGCCCAUUUCAUUGCCUAGAGAAGCCUCUCAUGAACUGAUCAGAUUGCAAGGGAAAAAUGGGGUAUUGAAGGUAAUGGUGAAUAAGAAGAAGAAGACAGACUUAAUGCCCAAGGAAUAUGAUCCUGUGGAAAUUGAAAGUAGAAAAGGUUCUUGGUCUGCAGAUGUUGUCAAGAGGAAUUCACUAGUCCGUCCGCCCUGUUAUUCGGGUCCUAAACAACCUGAAAAGCAACCAUUGUCUAUUCAAACAGAGGGAAACGAGCUGAAACCACAAAAACCUUUGUUGGGUAAAAGCACCCAUUUAGUGGCCUCUGAAAAAGAUGAGACUGAUACAUCACUAAAGUUGGCACCUCCUAGUUUGCAGCCUGCUAGCUCAGCAACACGGGUGCUGAAGGAAGAAAGCAGGCCCUUGACAUCUGAAGAUGUUACCCCUGCUAAAAGAAAAGAUGGAAAAGUGAAUCGAGGUGGGAGCACUGAGAAGCAGAAGUUGCGAGAGAGAAUAAGGGGAAUGCUCAUUGAAGCUGGAUGGACCAUUGAUUAUAGACCAAGAAAGAAUAGAGAAUAUCUGGAUGCAGUGUACAUUAAUCCUAGUGGAACAGCCUAUUGGUCAAUAAUUAAGGCCUAUGAAGCAUUUCAAAAACGACCAGAGGUAGAUUUAGGUAAAAGUAAACCUGAUGGAAGCUCUUGUUCAUUUGCUCCAAUAUCAGAUGAUUUAAUUAAUAAACUUACCAGGCAAACACGGAAAAAAAUUGAGAAAGAAAUGAAAAAGAAAAGGAAAGAUGAUGGCAAGAGACAAGAUCCUAAACAGAUUUCUGUGAGGGAGUCUGUUUUAGGCACAGGCAGUGAUCAGCGUGAGAAGAGGUUCGAUAGCUAUAUAAUGAAGGAAGAUAAGUUGCUGCAAGGAAAAUUACAUGUAUCAGACCAGGAGAGUGGGGAUAAUUCAAGUGAUAACUCAUUGAAGGUAAGGAGACUUAAACAGUAUAUGACUGGAAAAGCAUCUGCUGGAGUCGUUUCUAAUUCAAUACAUGGAAGAAAAAGUAAAUUAAUUGGACGAUGUACAUUGCUGGCCCGUCAUUCUGACAAGGGAGGAAAUUCAGAUAUUGAUGGAUACGUUCCAUAUACUGGAAAAAGAACCUUAUUGUCCUGGUUGAUUGACUCCGGAUCAUUGAAGUUGAGACAGAAGAUUCAAUAUGUGAACCGUAGAAGGACAACUGUAAAACUAGAAGGUUGGAUCACACAAGAUGGUGUGCACUGUGGUUGCUGUAGUAAAAUCCUUCCAGUUUCUAGAUUUGAGCUCCAUGCAGGAAGUAAACGACAUCAAACAUUUCAAAACAUAGUUUUAGAGUCUGGAACUUCCUUACUAGAAUGCUUGGUUGACGCAUGGAAUCAGCAAAAAGAGUCUGAUCGCCAGGAUUUCUACAAUAUAGAUGUUGAUGGUGAUGGUGGUGAAGAUGAUGUUUGUGGUAUUUGUGGUGAUGGUGGGGACCUUAUCUGUUGUGAUGGUUGCCCAUCAACUUUUCAUCAGAGCUGUCUGGGAAUACACAUACUUCCUUCAGGCCUUUGGCAUUGUCCAAACUGCACUUGCAAAUUUUGUGGGGCUGCUAGUGGAAACCCUUCUGAGGAUAGUGAGAGAACUGUCAAUGAAUUUCUUUCUUGCAGCCUCUGUGAGAAAAAAUAUCACAAGUCAUGCAGUUUGGAGAUGAAUGCUUUACCUGCUAUUUCAAAUAAUCCAUCUGGUACAUUCUGUGGGCAGAAAUGCCAGGAGCUGUAUGACCAUUUACAGAAUAUUCUUGGUGUCAAACAUGAACUUGAAGGAGGAUUCUCAUGGUCCCUGAUUCAACGAACAGAUUUGGACUCAGAUACUUCUCGUCGCCCCUUUCCUCAACGAGUAGAGUGCAAUUCUAAGCUAGCUGUUGCACUAGCUGUUAUGGAUGAAUGUUUCGUGCCCAUUGUCGACAGGAGGAGCGGGAUAAAUAUUAUUCACAACGUUCUAUACAACACUGGCUCAAAUUUUAGUCGGCUGAAUUUCCGUGGCUUCUACACUGCAAUUCUGGAAAGGGGUGAUGACAUAAUAUCUGCUGCAUCUAUACGGAUCCGUGGAACUCGACUUGCAGAAAUGCCAUUCAUUGGGACCAGGAAUAUAUAUAGGCAGCAAGGGAUGUGUCGUCGACUAUUUUAUGCUAUCGAAACAGUCCUCUCCACUUUAAAAGUUGAGAAGUUAAUCAUUCCUGCUAUAUCUGAGCAUCUGCAUACCUGGGCCAAGGUUUUUGGAUUCAAUGAACUUGAGGAAUCAAACAAGCAAGAAAUGAAAUCCAUCAGUAUGUUGGUAUUUCCUGGGACGGACAUGUUGCAAAAGAAGAUAUUGAAGAAAGAUGUGCAAGAGGCUUGUGAGUUACAGCAAAGUCAUCCUCCGUCACCUGUUUUGGUUGAAAAAACGGAUCAGGAAUCGUCUAUCAGGUGUGCCGGACAUAUGCAUGAUGGCGUAUGUGUGAACAUAGUUGAAAAACCUGAUGACAGGUUUGGUCCAAUGGGUUCUGGCUCUCCAGCUUCUGCCGUUCCGUUAAGUGAUAGCACUGUGAUUAGAACACAAGGUGGUGGUUGUGAGUCAGAUACCCAAAUCUCCAGUAAGGGGGUAGAGAAGAAUUUUGCUGAAUUACCCACAAAGUGGAUGCUCUCUUCUCUUCCAUCUGGCACAAGUGACGGCAGUCCUGAUACUGAAGAUGCAGCACUAGGUCCUGCAAACAUUGAUGACAACUCUAGUAUAGAGCCUAUCAAUCUAAAAGUUUAGAAAGAAAAUGCACUUGUUAACGCCCUACGUCUGAUUCAAUUCUCCCCGGCUUCCUUCCACCACAGAGCAAGCCAGUUUGCAUCGAAUAGAUUGAAGAUGCUUCUGGUAGUUCUACCACUAAUAACAAUCGGAAAGAUAUUUGGGGGGUUUCUGUAGAUAGCUGUUUUCUAGACCCUGCUGUCCAAAGUGCUAGAAAAGAAGUCAGCAGUAAUAGACAUGGUUUAACAUCUACCUUGACUCCCUGUGCGAUUGGCAAGGCUUUACAGUCUUAGUCAGUGUUGAAUUAACCAAAGCAUAUGUGAGGUGGAUAAAUGAGCUACAUGUGGCUCCAAAACAAGCUUCGGAUUCUAAAUGCACUAGUGAUGCAAUUUUUGAAAGAGGGCAAUUUGGAUUCCUCUGCAGUUUAUGAUGGAAGUAAUGUCAGAAUUAGUGCUGAAGUUUCUUUUCAUAAAGCUGCAAUUCAUUCAUCAAAUGAAACUUUUUAUCAUGUACUGCUUUAGAGAAUAAUGCAAAUCAUCAACUUGGCUCUUCUGGAUCUAAACCCUUGCGAUAGCGGUUCUGAAGCAAAAAGUUUCUCUUGUUGAGAGGAUUGUUCAGUCUUCUGAUCCUGGUUAGGCAAAAAUCAUUGAAGUGAAUGUGAUAGACUUUUGCACUGUUUCUUGUUCUGCUGAUGCUUCCGCACAACAUGGUGGUGAUAAAAAAAAUGAGAAACAUGUCAUGUUGUUUGGAGCUGUUUGGGUUGGUUUUCUGUUGAACUAAUUCUUGAUGUUUCCUUCAAAGCUUUGGCUCAAUUGUGCUAAGUGGCUGUUUUUAGCUGGGUGGAAAACAGAAUUACUCAGCAAGGGUAUUGGACAAAGUGUUCUAAAUUAUAUGCUUGUUUCCAUGUGAUCCGGGUGGAAGUAGAAAUCAAGUUGGAAGGCUAUGGUAGCUUCUGCGCAGGGGCAUUGAGCAACACUAUGUGAUGGCGUGACGAGAAAUGAAUUCAAUUGUUUCGUUGGAACGUGUUUAACAGCGCUAAUGUUUCUUGCCUUGCCUUCUAGACAGAUGAUUACUUAUACUAUAGUUAGUAGUUAGUCAGAAGAAGAUGUGGAUUAUGCUUGAUCGCUUGGGCGGAAAUUUUGGAGAAUUCUGCUGACUUUUAUCUGUAAAUGAUAUUCAUGGAGAUUCUGAAUGUACAUAUGUUGAUCCAGUAUUCAGUUUUCAAGGUCCUUGGGAUCUUUGAAAUUCAUCAUUUGAAAGGGUAAUUUCAUCCACAUCUGGUUCAAAUUGCUGUAGCUAGCUCAAGGAUGUCGAUGUUGAAAUCUUUCAUUUAAAGAUUAUUUGUUGGCAUUGCCAAAAAGAUUCUCAUUUUUCCAUUCAUUAAAAAUUUCUGUUUCCUUGUGAUCUAA